UAGCGUUACAAAAUGGGUAAAAAAGGUGGUAAAAAGAAAGGGAAGGGCAAAAAGUCCGGGGGAGGGAAAAAAGGCAAGAAAAGCGGCCAGCGCGAAGAUGAAAUGACACUCCAAGAAGCCGUUUUGGCUUUUCAAAUUCAAGUCAAAGAGAAGGCAGUCGAGGACCUUAUGUUUGAAAUUAAAGGUCUUCAAGAGAAAAAUAAAAGGCAUCAAGCCAGAAAUACAAGGCUUAAGGAAGAACAAGACAUACAUAUUAAAGUUCUUUUGCGUCAAGCUAAGGAACAAGAGACAGAACAAGAUAGCAAGGAGUCUUUUACUUGUGAACAUGUCGAAAAAGCAAUGCGACAGGUCUGGUGGUUGAGUCGCACUGAAGAGCAGCAGCUUAAGAACUUGGAAACAAAAAUUAAUGGGAUUGAUAAAGAAUAUUCGAACGUUUGGGAACAAGUUGAAAUGUGGAGAGCGUACCGUGAUUCUGGGGCAAAACAACAUGCAGAUCAAAUCCAAGUUUUAGAACUUGAGUUGGAAGACAUGAAAAGAAGUUUCGAAGAUAUUUGUGCACAUUUGAAACGUCAACUUGAUAAUGCAAAAUCGGAAGUUAAGUCGUAUAUGGAUCAAUGUAUGGCUGAACAGCAACAUCUUGCUUCCGAAAAAGCAAUGGAACAAAUGGAUAAAAUUGGAGUACAGGAAAUACAUGAAAAUGAGUGGCUGAAAACAGAGGCUGAAAUUCACAGAAAAGAGGUCGCGUCGUUGUACUCCAUUGUCGAAACUUUAGAGCACGAAAACAUACAAUUAAUUUGUGAACUUAUAGACUGCCAAGCUGAAGAUUUAAAAAUUUCACGGACAUUUGCAAAUGUGGGGUUUGAAGGGGAAGAAACAGAUGCAAUGGACCGGAAACAAAUGUCAAUAUAUAAACCCGGGUAUAAAAGUCCCACUGGAACACCGAUGCGUCGUGCGAUCACUCCGGGAAAAGAAAGGCCACGGAGCGCUAUGCAAGCCGCGAUAGAGGAUAGAGUGUUUUCUAUUAAAUUCGCUGAUGAUUCAUCUGAGGGAGAAGAGAGUGAAGAUGAAGAAAAUAAAUUGGCACUGCAUGUAGAUGUGGAAAAUAAAUUGGAACUGCAUGUAGAUGAUGAAGAUAAUAUUUUGUCACAGCAAGAAUACCUUCACCUAGGGCCAUUAGAACUCAAACUUCUUUGUGUACGAGGAGAACCAAAACCGAUACAUGAAAUUGACGCUGGUAUACAAAUUGUCGAUGGAACAUCUUCUGACUUAACUGUAACUCGCCCAAGAUGGCCAGUUUCUCCACCUAUGAUACGAAAAGCAGUUGAAACACCGUAAUUGAAUUUAGUAUCACUUUUAGGAUCAGGGGGCAUUAAAUUGAACAGUUUGCAAUAAUAAAAUUGCAAUGUCACAUUAUAAAAACACCAUUGUGCUCCUGAUAAUUGUGCCUUCUGUUUUAGUAAUAAAUGAAAAAUAAAUAAACCUAAAAAUGAAUAUUUUUAUGUUAUGUUGAAUCCAAUUUGUAAUCUAAUAUUGACAACAAGGUUAUGCUUUGGAACCCUAAACUACUCAGUUAUUCUCUAUAUAUAAAACUCGGAACUGGACGAAUUUUCAAUUUAGGUAUUGCUUUUCUAUACCGGAUUAAUAUAAAAUUCUCAACAGCUUUUCAAGCUCGUUCUUUGUUGUCUUAAAAAGCCUGUUUUUACUAAAUUCAUUGGAGUUUUUUGC